AUGAAUAACAAGAAGGGAAAUAAACAGUUUUUGAUUAAUAUGUAUGUGACAAGGCCUCUCUCUCACUACAUAAGAUUUCCAGAAUCUCUUUCAUUACCCCCUGAAGGUCCCAAUUCUGGUUAUUUAGUAAUACAAGAUGAAGAAUCUGAGACAUAUACAUGUUUUGGAUUGUGCAAGGACCGCUUCCUUGCAGACCUGCCGUUCCCUCAGAACAAGGAUCUAACCAUGCGAUAUUCAUCAGGGGCAGGCGAGCACGAGACUGUAUUUCAUGACGGUGUUUCCUUCAUUCCAGUCCUUAAUCUGCCAUUGUCUUCUAAUCGUUAUUAUGCGAUAAAGCCUCAUGGGAAUCAUAAAGGGGAAGCAUACACUUCUUCAAGGGAGGAAGACAUGGCCACUUGCUGUUUUUGCCGUUGCAUCCGAGAUGUAAAAUCAAGACCAUUGGAUCCAGAUGACAGGUAUCAGCAAUUUGAUAUUGCUCUUUAUGAAAAAAGUUGCAUUGCCAAGGGUCAUUUUUAUGCCAAGUCGGUAGCACCUGAUGGCUUCCCCCCUCACUUCUUGAGGAGAAAAGGGUGGCAAAUUUAUGGGAAAACUCCCAAAAACUACAAAUUAGGCGAAGCUCCAGGCCUCAAUGCUGCACUCCGAGCACGCCUGCCAGAAUUCAACUUCCCAAUGUCCUAUAAAAGCUCUGAAAGCGUCGUUGUGGGGAAAUGGUAUUGUCCUUUCAUCUUUAUCAAAGAUGGAAAUUUGAGAGAUCAAAUGAAAAGAUCGAUGUUUUAUGAGAUGACACUCGAGCAAAGAUGGGAGCAGAUUUUCGCAUCUGAGAAUAAUUCCAGAGAAGGGAACAGUGUGUUUGUCGAUGUUUCUGUUCAAACAAAAGUUGUCUCUGUUGUUCCUGGCAAGGAAGCCGUGUGGAAUGAGAGAGAGGUGGACGAUGGGGCGAUAUGGUUCAGGAAUUUUGGCAAUGUAGGAGAGGGAGUAAGUGUGGGAUUAAGGGUAGAAAUUGUUGAGAGAAUGAAAUGGGAGCAAGAAAGAGCAGGCUGGGUUGGUGGGGAAGACAGGCAAGCAAGGGUGAAGAGAGUGGAGGAGUUUGGAGGCAUUGGUGGAUGGAGAAAAUUUGGANUUUAA